AUGGCGCAGGAAGCUCGGAUCGAGGCCGCCAUCCGCGAGGUCAGACAGAUUGCAGACACGGAUUCUAUCCAUAUACCGUGGGAACAUCGCCUUCGCAUCGCCCGUACGGCCAUUGCAACCUUCGACUCUGCCGGUCUCAUGCAAAUGCCCAACCGAACGGCGGACCGGACGUUCGUCAUUGCCACCUUGCAGAGACUUGCAUACCAUGACGCGGAAACUGCUGGUGUUGUCGAUCUCGCGGAGUGGUGUGUGACUCAAUGGCUAUCACUAUUGCACAGGAACGGUGAAGAUCUUACGGCGCUCAGGGGACUUGGGCAGGCCUGGUUAGCCCGAUCUCAGAACGUUCUCGCGCGGAUCCAUCGAACGGAAGGCAGUUCUUCUAGUGGGAGCAGUGGCCGACCGCAGAGCCUGAGCGACAGGUUUGCCUACUCAUCCUCGGAAGAAGCCAGGGAUGCAGAGCGCGCAACCGCCGAAGCCGAUGCCCGAGCACACACUGCCGACUAUGUGGAAGCGCGUGGCAUGCUGAUUCCAGCGGUGGACUACUUUUCCCGAGCCAUCGAGGUGGGCGAACGGGAUGGAGUGCUCGCAGGCGAGCUGCUUUCAGAGGUCAGGAUAUAUUCCAUGUUUGGGCUUCCUGCGCUCGCCUUCUCCGCACCUCCCAUCUCCUUCUCAUGA